AUGAAGUUCACCGGUCUCCUCGCCUCCGGCCUCAUCUCUGCCGGCAUUAGCAUGGCCGCGCCUGUCGACGACCGCUUCCCCGAUAGCGGUCCGUUCAAGAUGAUGGCGCUGGCCUACGAGCAGCCCAUCCACUACGCCUACGUUGACGUCAGCGGCGGCUUCUUCUACAUCUACCGCGACACCAACUCCACCUGCGGCAGCGACGAGCCCGUCCUCGACGGCCCCAACAACCGCGGUAUUCUGACCACUUACGGUGACGGCAAGCAAAACACCCAGGAGGCAUACGUUAACAUUGGCGGUGCCGCCGGCGGCAUCUUCUCCCUGGCCCCCUCCCAGGACCCUGCCACCACCCCCGACUCCGUCACCGACCACUUCACCCGCGUCGCUGGCCCCGACAUCUCCCAGCUGUACUACGAUGGCGGCAACUGGCUGGCCUGCCCCACCGAGAUCGAUGGCCAGUACCUCGUCUACGCCGAGAAGGCCUGGUCUCACGAAGAGGGCAAGGACAAGUGCAUUCCCUUCGAGAUCCGCACCGACAAGGUCGAGUCCCCCAAGAACUGCGAAUACUUUUAA